UGUGAGCAGCAGCUCUGUAUUCAGGAAAGGAGCUCCAGUCUGGACCAAGAGGACCCAGAGCCUCCACAGAGGAGCUGGGUCAAGAGCAGCUUGAGCUGAAGCAGCAGACUGAGACCUUCAUGUUGACUCCUACUUAUGAGGGUGUUUUAUACUUCAAUUGCUCUUUGGCUGAUAGCAAUUGUUUACAACAUUGCUACUUUUAUCUACCUGGAUAAAGUUCCUCCAUCUCUACAAAAAUUACUUUUUGAAUUUAUUUUUACAUUUUAAAUGAUUGUCUUUGACAUAACUCGAAGACAGCAGCUGAUGUAGAGAGGGGAAAAAAGAAAAAAAAGGCGGAAUGAAAAAAACAACAACUUGUUUCCAAUGUCAGUACUUGACAGUGUGACAUCCGGCGGAAGUAAACAACGCAAGUGUGGAGUUAGAGGGGAAACGGUGUUGUUGUCGUCGCGGAGGUAAAACAACAAUGUCGUCAGUUGAGAACAUGAGAAAGUGUUUCCUCGAGCGGCUGACUGCUGCUGCAGAAGAAAUAUUCGGAGUUUUUGAAAAAACUAUCUUCGAGUACCAGGAAGAGGUCGACCGUCAGCGCAGACUGCUGGACAUCGUUAGGAAACCUGUAAUAAAGUUACACAGGACAGAGCUCCCAGAGCAACAUGGACCCACACGUGACCACCAGCUCCUCUCUUACAUGUCUCAUGUAGCUGAGAGCCCAGAUCAGAAAGGAAGUGAGCAUGACGACUCUGAAUCAACCAGCAAUGCAGAGCCACAACCAAAGAAAAGACAUCGCAAAAAUAGAAGUCGCUGUGACGAUGAGAAUUUGUUACAGAUUCACAAUAAUACUCAAACAGAGCAACAUGUCUGUAAGGAGGAGGAGGUUCUCUGUGAGCAGCAGCUCUGUAUUCAGGAGAGGAGCUCCAGUCUGGACCAAGAGGACCCAGAGCCUCCACAGAUUAAAGAGGAACAGGAGGAACUUUGCACCAGUCAGGAGGGAGAGCAGCUUGAGCUGAAGCAGGAGACUGAGACCUUCAUGUUGACUCCUACUUGUGAGGAAACAGAUCACAGUGAACCAGAACCCCCACGUGACCACCAGCUCCUCUCUGACAUAUCUCAUGUAGCUGAGAGCCCACAUCAGAAAGGAAGUAAGCAUGAAGACUCUGAAUCAACCAGCAAUGCAGAGCCACAACCAAAGAAAAGACAUCGCAAAAAUAGAGGUCACUGUGACGAUAAGAACUCGUUAAAGACUCGCAAUAAUACUCAAACAGGUAAAGCACCUUUCCGAUGUAACACAUGUGGCAAAGCUUUCAAGUUAUGGUUCGGUUUGUAUACACACCUGAGAAACCCCGAAGGUGGGAGGCCACAUGCUUGCAAAUACUGUGGAAAAGGAUUCAGUAAGACAUCAACGUUGACGUCUCAUUUAAGAAUCCACUUAGCUAAGAAGCCAUUCUUUUGCAAAACAUGUGAAAAGGAUUUUCGAUGUCGUAGUAUCUUUACGGUCCACAUGAGGACACACAGGUGAGAAGCCAUUUUCUUGCAACACACGUGGAAAAGAUUUUGGACGUAAUGAUGCCUUGUUGAUUCACGUAAGAAGAUUCCACUCUGGGGAGAAGCCGUAACUCUGCAAGACCUGCAGGAAAACAUACUUUGAGGCUACUCCAUUGACGAGGCAUAUAAGAUCACAUACAGACAAGUUGCCUUGUAUCUGCAAAAUGCAUAAAAGAUAAUUCACUUCUCGAGUUUGUGCAAAUGUUUGACUAAUUUUGUUUUGGUUUUAGAAUGUGUGUGUGUGUAUGCACUUCAGUAUUAGGAGUGGAAUGUAAACACAGUUGAGGCUGAGAAACUCUGGUUGCGUCAGUAAUGUUUCAUUAGACCACUUCUGUUGUAUUUUGUAAUUGCAUCAACUUGAUACAAUUAUCGUUAUUUUAGAGGUGUCCCAUUGUUCUUACCUCUUGUAUGUAUUCUGAUAAUAAAGCUUUGUGAGGUGAUGAAUACCAGAUUCACGCUGAGGUCUAAAGCUUUAAGUAUAUUCUGUUCAUGUGUGCACAUGUCUCACUGACAUUAAGAGUAAAAGUAGUCUGUGAAGAACUGUUAAGUUAUACCAUGCAAGAGGUGUUUUAAUGUUGGAGCUCACCGAUUGUUGAUUGUUAAUUUUCCAUUUAAUACCGUAGCUGAUAGUUUGAUCAGUGGGGCGGCCUCAUGUUGAACAAGCUGUGGUGGAAUGUAACUGCAUGUACUCAAAUACUGUAAUGAUGUACAACUUUGUCCUCAGAUGGUUAAGAUUUCAUUUA